GUAUGUGAGCUUUUAUUUACAGACACUAAAAUAUGAAGAGGAGUUCCUACAGGCACUUGAAUCAUUUAGUUUAGCAUCCAAUUACGACCCUACAUGGGAACCACCACAACAGAAAAAGAAAGAACUGAUUAAAUAUUUGAAUAACGUUUCUGAAAUGGUAAAGACGUCAGGAAAAAUGAAAGUUAAAAGAUUGAAACAAAUUGUUCAGUCAAUUGAUAACAAGCAGUUAGGGCCUUAUAGUGGUGGAAAAUACACAUCUUCAGGUGGCCAAGCUGUGAAGUUAGAUGAAGUAUUACUCUCAAAUUUAUCAGUAGGUUUAAAUGAAGAAAAGGUAAUGCUAGGAAAAGUUGUGUGCUCCAUUUAUAAUGAAGAUAAAGUUCCAUUACAAGCAAGGCGAAUGCUGUGCAGUGACUGUAUUUAACAUUGCUGAGACAAAAGGUGUAAUUAUU